UUCACAGCAUGGUCCCGUUUAGAGAAGGGUGGUGGGGAAGUGGGCUGCAAUGAAAACCAAAAAAGGGUGGAAAUCCUACACAGGAUCCCAGUGGGAAAUCUAAUGACCCAACUCAGAUGACUGCAAGCCAGUUGCGGUGCAACAAGGCUGGAGAAUGCCUGAUGAACACUGGAAGCAUAAUGCUAAUAAUGGCUAUCCUGUACACUUGCAUUGAUUGGUGGAUUCACUUCAAAGAUCCCCAAGAAGAGCUGAAACAACUGAUUGGCCCUUUCCUGGCCAUAGUCGCACUUGGUUUCCUAUUCCUAGGUUUCUUCUUGCAUGUGAAGGCUCACGACGAUGGAACACCUAUGGUGCACACCUUCCGAGUUUUACCAUUUUUGCCAAUUACAUCACCGACGCCAGUACUAGUUAAGUCAACUGGUAAAACUCAAGAAGCACGCCAGGCCAAUGGGUCCCAGACUGACAACUCCGUGAACGACAUUGAUGGAGCACUGCCUCCAUAUGAUGCGGUGUAUCGUGCAAACAGUUUCCCUGUCCCAAUGGAGGUCCGACGAGACGAACACGCAAUAAUCCACUCCAGUCGUCCGGGAUCAGUGGGCCUUCGGAGUCCGGGCUCGGUCCUGGGACUCUGUGGCUUUCAUCUCAAUGUACCUCACCAAAGCCUGCACCUUCUCAUCCUGUUCAAGACAACAAAGCCUCACAACAGAGCCAAGCACAUUUUCUAUGGAAGAAUUGUAAUUCGAAACACACUUGAAAGCACCCCCCCCCCCCCCCCCCCCCCCACCAAGCCCAAGGCCUCCCUCCACACCCAUUGUCAAAUGCUGUGA